AAAAAAUCCUUAAUCAUUUAACUCGUGAAACAAAACAAAAAAAAGAAAAAAAAAAGAAUUAAUCACUCAAGAUACACGCAGAAGGGUUUUUCAAAGAGAAUCAACCCUCAGCCCCUCACCGUCAUUCUUCACCUUCCUUAGCUCCGCUGCGCCACCACAUCUCUUCCCAGUUAGGAUCAUGGAGAAAUUGAAUCGAAAAUGGAUGUAUGAGAGAUUAGAAGGUCGACUACUAAAAAAAGAGUUCACAAUUGACGUGCGAGAGUUUAUUGAGUUUGCUAAACAACACCGUGAUUUUCAAGAAUCUUCAAAGAUCAUAUGCCCUUGUUCAAAGUGUAAAAAUGUUCCUUUUUUAGAUGUUGAAAGUGUAAGAGAGCAUUUGUAUAAAAAAGGAUUUCUUAAUGACUACUAUGAAUGGGUUUGUCAUGGAGAGGAUUUUGAUUCUUUAAAAGCAUCAGAUGAGCCAUCAGAUCCGUAUGUUGACAUGAUUAUUGAUGCAUUUGGUCAAGUUGAUGGUGAUCCAAUGCAUGAAGAUAUUCGGAAUGAAUUUGACAAAAAAGCUGGGGACCGACUUAGGGGUACAUUGAACCAAGUUUUCAAAAUGGCUCUCCAUAAGCAAGUUAGUUUCAUGACAGACACUGUUCGAGCUGAAUUCAUAAAUAAGCGUAAGCAUCCUGAUUUUGUGAAACGUUCUAACCAAGCAAGAGAUAAUCGGUUAUCUGGCCAAACAUUAGAGAAGUUUGACCCUGGUCAUCGCCAAGGUAGCAUAUCUACUCCUCAAGUGGUUAAAAAAAUGGGAGAAUAUAUGGAAAAACUUGAGGAAUAUAAGAACAAAGGAAUUGAGAUAAACCCCGACAAAGUCUACUUGGAGGUUGUAGGUGGGCAAAAGAAAGGAAAAGUCUACAGUUUAGGGAGUGCUUCACAUAUGUAUUACAAGAGUGAUCCUACUUCUCAAUCUACUGCAUCAUCUUCCACUCCUUCCAUGAUUUCUCAAUUAAGUUCUCAAGUUGAAGAACUAAAGAAGAUGGCGGAAGAAAACCAUAACAAGGUAGAAGAAAGCCAAAAAAUAGCGGCAGAGAGCUUAAAAUGUGCUGAGGAAUUCGUCGAAAAUCAUGAGAUCGAAAAAGCUACAUGGAAGAAGGAAAAAUUAGCUAUGCAAAAAACAUUGCAGGAAAUGGCAUCACUUGUAAAACAAGUUUACCGUCCUUAUAAGCCUCCUACGCCUGCAGUCACCCGCUCUCGUGAUACAACUAAGUGAUUUUUAUUUUCUUGGUGGUAAUUUUAUGAACAACUGGUCUUUUAAAUUCUCAUCAAUUCUUGUUUGAAGUAGCUUUUUUUAUAUGGUAGGUGAGUUUUGGAACAAUUAGUCAUAUGAGUUAAAUUUUGUUUUUUAAUACAUUGAUACAAAAUUGAUUGAUAUUUUGGAUAUUUGAAUAAAAUUAACAUUUUGGUUAUUUGAAUUUA